UAUAGGAGCAUCAAUGAGUUGCUAUUUAUGAAUCACCUGAGCUCACGUGACUUGUUACCUGUCGACUUAGGUAUUCCUGUCUAGCGGAAAAGGGAGGGUCAUUCCAUCACUUGUAGGAACCGCUGAAAGGAAGAAACACAGCUUCAAGAAUGACGGGAACAGUUUUUCCAGCAGAAGAGUUCGAUGCAGAGGCUGCUGCUGCAGGCAUGCGCGAUGCAAUGACAGGGUUCGGUACUAGCGAGGAGGCCAUCAUCUCGAUUUUGGUAAACCACUCGUUUGAACAGAGGAAAGAAAUUGCAACAGCAUUUAAGACUGCCUACGGAAAGGACCUCAUCGAGGACCUCAAGGACGAACUGGGAGGGAACUUUGAGGACGUGUGUGUCAUGAUGCUGGCCUCACCCCGAGAGACUGACGCCCGCGAACUCAACAAAGCCAUCAGUGGAGCCGGUACCGAUGAGACUGUUCUUGUAGAAAUCAUGACAUCCAGAACCAACGAAGAAUUGGACGAAAUAAAGGCAAUUUAUGAAAAGGAAUUUGAGACGACGUUGGAGGAGGACCUUCAGAGUGACACCAGUGGUUACUUUGGUCGCCUCAUGGUGGCGCUGUGUGCCAACGGGAGAGAACCCAGCGAGGGGUGGGACAUGGAGGAAGCUGAGGAUUCUGCGCAGAAACUGUACGAGGCAGGAGCCGGUUGUCUUGGGACAGAGGAGGCGGAAAUCAACGCCGUCUUGUGUAUAAAAAGCUACGACCAACUCAGAGCUAUAUUUCACAAAUAUGAUGAACUAAAAGGAAACCCCUUAGAAGAGGACAUUGCCAGCGAGACCAGUGGAAGCCUAAAGGAUGGUUUUCUUGCCAUAGUUGAAGUAGCCAGAUAUAAACCCCGAUUUUUCGCCAGACGAUUACACGAUGCAAUGGCGGGCCUCGGAACCAGCGAUGAUGACCUCAUCCGCAUCAUCGUCACCAGGAGCGAGGACGACCUAGAAGAGAUUAAGGAGGAAUACCAGAAUCUAUAUGAGAAAUCUCUCGCUGAGGCUGUGGCGGACGAGUGCUCAGGGGAUUAUAAAAGAAUGCUCCUGUCGAUCAUCAAGUAGAGGGCGUGGCUCAUACGAACCUUGCACGAAUUUACACAAAUCCUUAUAAAUCUGUUAAAACGUAUACCUAAUAUUUCUUAUAAAAUGUGUUUUUUGGCACAAUAUGAUUAUUUUUUGUUUGUUUUUAUACAACGUACUGAUGUAUAUAAUAUUAUUAUAAUGAUUAUAUGUCUAUUAAUGGCGAUGUUAGGCAAUGGUAUUGAAAUAAAAUGACGGUAACUUA